AAGGAAGGAAGGGAAAAAAAUCGAGUGGUUCAAAAGAAACGUCGGAAAGAGAUCGCUACCUGGCAUGAGUGUACUACCAUGUUUUCCGCGCAGCCUUAUGCUGACCGACGCGCUUCGCCGCUCGGUUCCUUAAGGAUUGGGAGGCGCGCCAUGCGAAUCCACCCAAGACCGGGAACGGCGUCCGUGUGACACGUGGAACGCAGUCACCCGUGGGAACGGGGAGCCUAGAAUGAAGUGUUCCACGAUCUCUCCUUGGCCCAUCUAUUAAUUUAUCUAUUUCCUACAAAAUCCCUCCUUCUGAAGACCAAGAUUUCAGCCCACCACCAGAAGGAUCCAAGCCCGCUUGAGGAAGGACAAGUGAGACAGACAGACAGACAGACAGACAGACAUCUGAGAACCUCAACUGGCCCCGUUGGAUGGAAAUGUCUCACAAGAUGGUGGGGGAAAAUGGCUACCACUGUACCCACAAGCUUAUUUUCUCCAACGCAUCCAAUUCCUCGGAGAACAGCCCUCCUUUUGACAGCCCCAGUCCUCAGGAACCCUGCCCCACUCCUUUGAGCAAUGGGGCGUUCUACUCCAACACAAACAGCCCUUCGGAUUCCUGCAUGAAGCCUCUCUGUGAGGCGACAUCCCCCAACGAAAACGGGUUCAGCGGCGGCAUCAAAUACGUCGCCACCGAGCGGGAGGUCCUGGUGUGCGGGUGGGGCGGCUUCACCCCAAGUUGUUUACAGUUUUUCAACACCCCCAAAGGCGUCCUCUUCUUCCUGUGUGUGGCUUCCUUCCUGCAAGGCAUGACCGUCAACGGCUUUGUCAACACCGUCAUUACGUCGAUCGAGCGGCGCUUCGACCUCCAGAGCUACCAAAGCGGGUUGAUUGCCAGCUCCUACGACAUUGCAGCCUGCGUGUGUUUGACGUUCGUCAGUUACUUUGGGGGCAAUGGGCAUAAACCACGGUGGCUGGGCUGGGGAGUUUUGAUCAUGGGGAUUGGCUCCCUCAUUUUUGCCCUGCCUCACUUCACCACCAGCCAAUACGAAGUCCCUUUUUCGGAGGAGGUUGGCACGUGCUCCUCCAAUCAAAGUGCGUUGUGUUCAGAAAGUGUCUCCACCCUCUCUAAUUAUCAGUUUGUCUUCAUGCUCGGACAGUUUCUACAUGGGAUUGGAGCAACGCCACUCUACACCCUUGGGGUGACCUAUCUGGAUGAAAAUGUCAAGUCCAACUAUUCUCCUGUGUAUAUUGCUGUUUUCUACACCGCUGCCAUAUUGGGCCCAGCAGCUGGCUACUUGGUUGGAGGCAUCUUUCUCAAUAUUUACACUGAAAUUGGGAGACGAAUCGAUAUUACACCCGACAAUUCCCUGUGGGUCGGAGCAUGGUGGAUUGGAUUCCUAGGCGCUGGCGCCGGUUCCCUCUUGAUUUCGGUACCCAUUUUGGGGUACCCUCACCGACUCCCAGGAUCCCAGCGUUACAUAGUCAUGCGAGUUUCGGAAACCCACCAAUCAAAAGAUGGCAGCCAUAAAACAGCCUCGGAUCCUGAUUUUGGAAAGACAGUCAAAGACCUGCCACA